UUUCAACAAAACUUGUCUGUGUGUUUUGCCAGUUUAGAAUUUCCAAGCAAAAAAACGCAAUUCCAUAAAGAGGGACACUUCAAGCCCGCUCAGCCAUCCACGUGUCCCACCCCACUUUCCUGUAACUUUUCUUCAUUUUUUUUUUUUAAACUGUACAAACAAAUACCCCACGCCAUCAUCUUGAUCAUCAUAUACCAUCAUCUUCCAAACUUUAUUUAUACUACUACUAAAUACACCAGAGCUUCUUCAUCCCAGAAAAAAAAUCCCUCAUUCUAAAAACCCAUUUUUCCGUUACUAGUAGUUUGUGAUUUCUGUGACAAUGGCUUUGAUGAUGAGGAAUGUUGCUGGGUUUUUGUUCUUGAUGUCUGUUGUUGGGCUUGCUCUGUUCUCCACUGCGGUGGAGUCGGCGGGAUCCGGCAAGGCUGCUCCGGCGCCGGGGGAGGAGUGUUCCAACUUGGUCAUCAACAUGGCUGACUGCUUGUCUUUCGUCUCCAACGGCAGCACUGUGAGCAAGCCUGAAGGGACUUGCUGUGAUGGGCUCAAGAAGGUGCUGAAAACCGAUGCCGAAUGUCUCUGUGUCGCCUUCAGGAACAGUGCCCAACUUGGGGUUACUCUUAAUAUCUCCAAGGCCGUUACUCUCCCCGCCGCUUGCCAUGUCUCUGCUCCUUCUGUUAGCACCUGUGGCUUGAGCACUGGCUCUGGAAUUGCUCCUGCACUCCCUCCAGUUGCAUUGUCCCCCGGUGGCUCCGCCAUUGCUCCUUCUCCAUCUGGUGGAACAAGUGAUGUUGUUACUGCACCCGUACCAUCUCCAGGAGGAAGCUCUGGUUCCAAAGUAGUAGCUGUUUCGUUGGGAUCGUUGGCUUUGGCCCUUGUUGCUGCUUUCGUUUCUCUAUUCUGAGUGCUGAUAUCUGCGGUUUUUGCCUCCCUUUUUGAGUUGAUCAGAGAGGAUAGUAAAUGGGAGUUGAUAUGAAUGUCUUGUUUUGGAUUCGGCAGUAGGGAUAUCUAUUAUAUACUACUUAUUAGGGAUUGUUAAUUGAACUUAUUCACCUAGGUAGGGUUCAUUGUGUAGUGCUUUUGCUCUAUUCGACUCUUGGAUUUAUGUCAGUUUAACUACGCCUAUUUCUACAUAUAUUUUGCUGCAUUCCUAGUUAUGCAGUUAACCCAUGAUGCCCAUUUGAUGCAGUGGAGUCGGUAGACUUCCAUUUCUGUGACAGCUACAUUGAACUCCGUUUGUGCCUUUUGUGGUUUGUACUGUAGGAAGUUGGGAAUUUGCUCCAUGCGUUGUUCAGCCAACUUUUAUUUUAUUUUAUUUUAUUUUUUUUUCCCUUCUGUGUGUGUUGUGCUUGAAAACUACUAGUACUUGGCUAGUGAUGGGCCUUCUAUAUUUUACUAAUUUCGCAAGUCUGUUCUCAGCA